CUCUGCUUGUCAGUCGCAGUAACAGGGAGACUUUGGACCCCAGACCCAGCGCUGAGUCCGUCAGUCUCUCCCUGUAUAAAGCUCAGCCGCACAGCAAACCAUGAAGGUCCAAUUCGCUCCCCGCAACCUUCCCCUAGAGAGGCGCCUACAGACGGCGGCCGUGCUACAGUGGGUCUAUUCCUUCCUCGCCCUCGCCCAGACCUGCAUCAUCCUCUUCUUCGUCCUCCUCUUCACCCGCUUUUGGAUCAUCAGUGUCGCGUAUGGAGUCUGGUGGUUCCUGGACUGGGACACCCCGAGCAAAGGCGGGAGGAGGAGCCAACGGCUGCGAACACAUGCGGUUUGGAGGUACAUGAGGGAUUAUUUCCCAAUUACUUUGGUAAAAACAGUGGAUUUAGACCCCCAGCAGAACUAUUUGCUGGGGUCUCACCCCCACGGCGUGCUGGUAGCCGGGGCGUUUACUAAUUUCUGCACCGAGGCCACUGGAUUUCAGAAGCUUUUCCCGGGAAUUACUCCCUAUCUACUGAUGUUGCCACUUUGGUUUCGGGCGCCAUUUUUUCGAGACUAUAUUAUGGGCGGAGGUCUGAUUCCAUCAGAUAAGGACAGUGCCAGUUAUCUACUGAAGAACAAGGCAGGGGGUAACGCAAUUGUCAUCGCUGUGGGAGGAGCCCCGGAGUCUCUCAAUGCCCGACCUGGUGCUUUCACCCUUCUGCUUAAAAACAGAAAAGGAUUCAUCAAAUUAGCCAUUCUACAUGGAGCCUCACUGGUUCCAGUAUUUUCCUUUGGAGAAAACGAACUCUUUGACCAGGUGGACAACCCAAGAGGUUCAUGGCUAAGAACAAUCCAAGAGAAGCUGCAGGGGAUCAUGGGGGUGGCCUUACCCUUGUUUCAUGCCCGAGGCGUCUUUCAGUACAGCUUUGGCCUGAUCCCCUACAGAAAGCCCAUUGCUACUGUGGUGGGGAAGCCAAUCAAAGUGAUGGAGAAUCCCAAUCCCACCAAUGAGGAGAUCGAGCGGCUGCACAAGAUCUACAUGGAGGAGCUCUCCAAGCUCUUUGAGGAGCACAAAGCUAAAUACAACGUCCCGGCCGACAAGCACCUUACGUUUGUAUAAGGGCCGGGCCCCUGCCCCACCCUGGGGCCACUGUCUAUAGGCAAAUAUUAUACCCACAUCUAAGGACCCAAUGGGUCUGGUUGUUAUGGUGGGAAAGAGAUAGCAUUUGCAUGGGGGCCCCCGGUCUCACAGGAAAAAUGCAUAAAAAGCAUUUAUUGUUUCCUAUAUGUUGGAUGUCCACUCAUCUGUUGUUAAACUACAACUCCCAGCUGUUGGGGGUAGAUGUGGUUUAACAAUCUGGGGCCACAGACCUUCUGCAAGACCCAUAAAGUGGCCCUGACCCGACACACCAGCAAUAAGUAAUAUGUCCAAUCAGAUUUCAUGGCGGCCAGUAAGUUAACAUGACCGGACCUUUUGUAGUAUAAAACCCAAUUGAUAUUUUUGUGCGGGUAUUUGAAAUAAAUUUGUGUUUGACCGUCA